AUGAAGGGUGUAUUCCUCUGCCCUCUGCUUGGGGCUGCCUCGGCGGCCGUGCAAAAGCUGCAGCUGCACAAAGUGCCAGAUACUGCCCCGUUCGACAUCGACGCCUUUGCAACGCGAUACUCGCCCGGCAUCCCCCAGUCGGUCCUCUUCAGCGAGGCCGUCCACGAAAUGCAACACCACGACUUCCCCCUCGACAGCUACUUCAACGCCCAGUACUUCGCCGAAAUCGAGAUCGGCUCACCCCCCCAAAAGUUCAAGGUGAUCCUAGACACGGGCAGCUCAAACCUCUGGGUCCCCUCGAUCAACUGCGAGUCACUCGCCUGCAUCCUGCACAGCAGGUACAACUCAUCCCUAUCCUCAACCUACAAGCGCAACGACACGCAGUUCUCCAUCUCGUACGGCUCCGGCAGCAUCGCGGGCUACAUGUCGCGCGAGCGGGUCGCAAUCGGCGACCUCCAAAUCACCGAGCAGCUGUUCGCAGAAUCCACCGAGGUUCUCGGCCGGGCGUUCACGCACGGCAAAUUCGACGGCGUGUUCGGCCUCGCGUUCGACUCGCUGUCUGUCCUGCACACCCCGCCCCCGUUCUACACCAUGCUGGCGGAGCGGCUGCUCGAUUCCCCGAUCUUCGCGUUCUAUCUUACGGAUGCGCCGGAUGGCGAGGGGUCCGAGGUUACCUUUGGCGGGUACGAUACGGCCCGCUACGAAGGAGACCUGAGCGUCAUCCCCCUGCGCGAGGAGUCGUUCUGGGAGGUCGAGCUGGAUGGCGUUUCCGUGGGUGGUGAGUUUACGGAGAUGAGUGGGACAGGCGUGAUUCUUGAUACGGGGACGUCCCAUAUCAGCGUUCCGUCUGUGACGUCUGAGAUCAUUCACCGGCAGAUGGGCGCCACGAAGGACGCGUACGGCGAGUGGAAGGUCAAGUGUAAGAGCCGGGCGGCGCUGCCGGAGAUUGUCUUUACCAUGGGCGGGUACAAUUUCUCGCUUGGGCCGGAGGAGUAUACGCAGAAGGAUAAGCUGGGGUGCAGCAGCAUUGUCAAGGCUGUGGAUAUCAAGGCGCCCAGUGGGCCGCUGGUCAUCCUGGGGGAUGCGUUCCUGCGGCGGUGGUACAGCGUGUAUGACUACGGCAGUGGCGCUGUAGGGCUCGCACGGGCUGUGGCUCCCGAGGCUGAAAGGGAUGGACUGUGA